CUUUUUUUGAUUCUUCCUCUUUUAUUUCAUCUACUUUUCUUGGUAUCAUGUCUCACCGAAAGUACGAAGCUCCCAGACACGGUCAUCUUGGUUUUAGCCCUCGUAAGAGAACUCGAUCUCACCGUGGUCGCGUAAAGGCCUUCCCCAAGGAUGAUCCCAAGAAGCCUGUUCACUUGACUGCUUUCAUGGGUUACAAGGCUGGUAUGACCCACAUUGUCCGUGAUUUGGAACGUCCUGGCUCCAAGAUGCACAAGAAGGAAAUCGUCGAAGCUGUCACUGUUAUCGAAACCCCUCCUAUGGUCAUCAUUGGUGUUGUUGGUUACGUCGAAACUCCUCGUGGUCUCCGUACCUUGACUACUGUCUGGGCUGAACAUUUGUCUGAAGAAGCCAAGCGUCGAUUCUACAAGAACUGGUACCGUUCCAAGAAGAAGGCCUUCACCCAAUACGCCAAGAAGUAUGCUGAUGGUGCCAAGGAUGUUACUCGUGAACUCGAACGUAUCAAGAAGUACUGUUCCGUUGUCCGUGUCAUUGCUCACACUCAAAUCUCCAAGGCUCGUCUCGGUCAAAAGAAGGCUCACAUUAUGGAAAUCCAACUCAAUGGUGGUGAUAUUGCUGCUAAGGUUGACUUUGCUCGUGAACACUUUGAAAAGGAAGUUACUGUUGGCUCUAUCUUUGAACAAGAUGAAAUGAUCGACAUCAUCGGUACUACCAAGGGUCACGGUUUCGAAGGUGUUACUCAUCGUUGGGGUACCAAGAAAUUGCCUCGCAAGACUCAUCGUGGUCUCCGUAAGGUUGCUUGUAUUGGUGCCUGGCAUCCUUCUCGCGUCAUGUACUCCGUUCCCCGUGCCGGUCAACGUGGUUACCACAGACGUACUGAAAUCAACAAGAAGAUCUACCGUAUUGCCAAGGGUUCUGAUGCCAAGUCUGGUGCUACUGAAUAUGAUGUUACCGAAAAGCAAAUUACUCCCAUGGGUGGUUUCCCUCACUACGGUGUUGUCAACGAAGACUUUGUUAUGAUCAAGGGUUGUUGUGCUGGUGCCAAGAAGCGUGUCUUGACUUUCCGCAAGUCCAUGACUGUCCACACCAAGCGUUCUGCUUUGGAAAAGGUUUCUCUCAAGUUCAUCGAUACUUCUUCCAAGUUCGGUCACGGUCGUUUCCAAACUCCCGCCGAAAAGCAUCAAUUCUUGGGUACCCUCAAGAAGGAUCUUUAAAUGGUUGGUCUCUUGGUCUCCUCUCAUACUUAGUUAGAAAAAUCAUCUGUAGUUUAGCUUCUCCUGUUUUAUCCUAUUGUUUGAUUCUUUCUAUCUCAUUUUAUUGAAAAUAAUAAAACAUGCAUCCUUGUAUCUUUUUUUAUUUUGUUCAA